AUGGAGCAAGAAGAAGCGAGCCCGAGGGUUGGUGUGCUCGAGACACAAGUGAACUCGCUGGUUUCUAUGAUAACAGAGAUGAAAGCUUUGCUGGAAGCUUCUCAUGCAAGACGGCCGGCGAUACCGGAUCCGAACAAUCCUGCUCAUCCUUCAUCGUCUAACACUACUGACAAGGGGCAACCCGAAGACGCCCAUCUUGUUCCGGAAGCUACUCAAACUCCUCAUGUUAAUCCGCAGCCUAAAGUAUCUCCCGUAGUUAUUAACCUGGAGAAGGAAGAAAGAGGAAAAUCUGCGGUUAAAACGGAAGAAGGGGCUAAGAGGUUGGCCAAGAUCGAAGAGUGCUCGAGCGGUCAAGGCUAUGAGCUAGCCGGAUUUGAUAAGAUCUCCCCUUUCGCGAAAAUUGAGGUGCCGCCGGAUUACAAGGAACCGGAAUUUGUCGGGAAGUACAAUGGGACAGGCUGUCCCCGUGCUCAUUUGAAGUAUUAUCUGCGCAAGAUGGCGCAUUACUCGGAUUACGUCCCUCUCCUCAUGAACACGUUCCAGGAAAGUUUGGCCGGCAUUGCUUUGGCCUGGUUCAUUGAAUUAGACUUGGAAGAUUAUGAUGGUUGGGAGGAUUUAGCUGAAGAUUUUCUGCAUCGGUACAAAUUUAACACCGCUACCGCCCCUACUCGAGAAGACUUGCUUAGAACCGUGAAAGGAAAGAACGAGCAUAUCCGCACGUAUGCCCAGAGGUGGCGAGCCUUGGCGACGCAAGUUAAGCCAUCUAUCCCGGAAGAUGAAUUAGUAGACUUGUUUCUGAAGGCACUCCCCUAUGAGUACUUUGACAAGUUGAACACGUCGGGUUGUCGGACGUUCGUCCAUCCGAUAAAGGUUGCGGAAAGGCUGGAAUGGGCCAUGAGAGAAAGAAAAGCCCCAGAAGUGCCGGCAAGACGUCGGUAUGCAUUGAGAAAAGAAGGUGGGGCGGGAGUUGACAUUGCCUUUGUACCGAAUCCACCAAAGCCCAAGCGGUUCUCGAAUUCCAACCCGACAUAG